CCGAAACUCCCGUCCCAGCCAUGAAGCCUCUCCUGCUGACCUUGCUGGGCCUUCUCAUCCACACCUCCCUGGCAGUGGAGCGACGUUACUACAUCGCUGCUGUCAAGACACAGUGGAACUAUGGCAACAGGUCCGGCCCCUCCUAUACCAAGGUGGUAUAUAGAGAAUAUAAUGCUGGUUUCCAGCAGGUCAAGAAGCACCAACAAUGGUCAGGCUUGCUGGGACCCACCCUGCGUGGACAGGAAGGAGAUGUUAUCAUUGUGACUUUCAGGAACAUGGCAGACAGAGAAUAUAGCAUCCACCCACACGGCAUUGCUUAUGGCAAGCAGUCAGAGGGGGCCUUGUACUUUGAUAACACCUCACCAUUCGAGAAGAAGGAUGACAAGGUGCUGCCGGGGAAGGAGCACACGUACUACUGGGAGGUGACCUCUGAGGUGGCCCCUAAGGAGGCCGACCCCCCCUGCCUCACCUACACCUACCUUUCUCACUGCGACUUUGUCAAGGACUUCAAUUCUGGCCUAAUUGGAACCUUCAUGGUUUGCAAAAACGGCAGCCUGGACAGCUCUGGUCAGCAGGUCCAUUUCUCUAAGGAAUAUGUCCUUCUCUUUGGUGUUUUUGAUGAGAGUAAGAGCUGGUACAGUACAGAGCUGACCUUCUCAAAGAAUCACAAAAUGUACACUAUCAAUGGCUACGCCAACGGCACAGUCCCUGACCUGAACAUCUGUGCCUACACUUCUGUGAGCUGGCAUCUGGUGGGCAUGAGCUCAGAGCCAGAGCUCUUCUCUGUCCACUUCAAUGGACAGGUGCUACAACAUGACGGCCAUAGGAGGUCUUCCUUGGGCCUGGUCAGCGGCACUGCCACCAGCACAAACAUCACCACUGUACACCCAGGACGUUGGCUGUUGUCGUCUUACAUCGGCGUCCAUCUGGAAGCUGGAAUGCACGGCUUUGUGGAGGUUCAGGUCUGUAAGGGUAUAGCGCCCCCUGUACGAAAGAUCACAAUCCAGCAGAAGCGCAAUAGCCAGGAGUGGACCUACUACAUUGCUGCUGAGGAGAUUACAUGGGAUUACGCACCAAACGUGCCUCAUUAUAUCGACAGUGAGUAUCAAUCCAGAUAUCUGAAGCAGGGUCCCAAUCGGAUCGGCAAGAAGUACAAAAAAGCAGUUUUUGUGGAAUAUGUAAAUGAAACAUUUACGGUCAGGAAGGACAACAAGCUGCGGAAGAUGGAGACAGGAAUCUUGGGUCCUGUGAUUAGAGCUCAGAUCAGGGAUAUUGUGAAGAUCGUCUUCAAGAACAAGGCAAGCCGGCCGUACAGCAUCUAUCCACAUGGGCUGACUAUUGAUAAAGAUGCAGAGGGUGCUUACUAUCCUGAGGGGGGAAAUCAGAGUCAUUCGGUGCAGCCUGGGGAAACACACACAUAUGUGUGGAAGGUAAUUGAUGAGGAUGAACCGACCAUCCGGGACCCACAGUGCUUGACGAGAAUGUACCAUAGUGCAGUGGACCCUGUCAGAGACAUGGCAUCGGGCCUCAUCGGGCCCUUACUCAUCUGCAAGAGCCAGUCCCUCAACAAGAGGAACGUUCAGCUGAAGGCAGAUAAAGAGCAGCAGGCUAUGAUGGCUGUUUUUGAUGAGAACAAAAGCUGGUACAUUGAUGAAAACAUCAAGACAUACUGCACCGAUCCUUCAAGAGUGGACAAGGAAAACACAGAGUUUUAUAAUUCAAAUGUGAUGCAUACAAUAAAUGGUUUUAUAUAUGACAGUGGAACAGACUUGCUAUUCUGCAAUGGUGAAAUAGUGACCUGGCAUGUGACCAGUGUUGGGGCACAAGACCACAUCCAAACCGUCACGUUUUAUGGCCAUAAUUUUGAGCUGGAUAAAAGGACAGAGGAUGUGUUGGCCCUGUUUCCCAUGUCUGGAGAGACCAUCUCAAUGACCAUGGAUAACUUGGGUCACUGGCUUCUGAGUUCAUUAAACUCUUUUGACGCGAAGAAAGGAAUGAGAUUGAAGUUUAAAGACCUUGAAUGCUACCGGGAGUUCUAUUACUAUGAGGACUACAGGCAGAAUCCAAAGGUUCCUGAGUCUGAUCAUGUAACGGAGUGGAAACCAGCAAAGCCCAGUGAAAAAAUAGAACAAGAAGUUAAGAUGAAGAAUGAAAAUACAGAUGCGGAUGAAGCUACUGAUUACUGGGUAAACAUGCUUGGCCUUCGUUCAUUUAAAAAUACAUCGGCGGGAUUAAAGGAUGAUAUGGAGAAAAUAGAUCUCUCUGUAUUAGAUCAUACAGACCAAUUAUCACCAGCUGGAAAUGCAAAGAGAAAUCAAAGUCUCACCCACUCCACACUGACAAAGAACAGCACUGAUCCGGACUGCAACUACAAUAAGACAGGCAAGUGUGAGAAGCCUGGUGAAAUAGCACCUUUCAAUGAAGCUAAGGUGAUUGUGGGUUCUUACAAUGAAAGUACAAUUUGGAAUGCCACAAGGAGGUUAGAAGAAAGUAUAGAUCCUUUGUGGCCUGGUCAUGAAGAUACACCUGAUAAAGACUUUGCAGGCAAAACCAACAUCAGUGAGAUAGAUGGAAACAGUUACAUUCACUCUACCCAAGAAAUCAAUACCACCACAGAGGGGAUUAGCACAGCGGAGCAGGUAACAAUGCCAAGACCAAUGAUCCAGCUGAAUGAGACUGCUGUUCAGAGGACAAGGCUGCCAUCUGACACAGCAGAAGGCUUAUUUGCUGUAAAUACAACAGAGAAGAGAGAGAAUGUAACAGCAGACAGUUACGCGCUGGGCAUCUCCAACACCUCCACCAACAUCUCUGUGUGGGACUAUGAAGAUUUUGAUCCUAUAGGAAGUGACGAUAAAAAUGUGCUUGCAAUGAACCACUCAGCUGAUCAAAAUGUGCAUUUUUAUAACAUAUCUACCAAUAACUCUUUUCGUGGUGAAGAAAUCUUACUUGACAACACAACAUCUGAUACAAAUGGUAACAAUGCCACUGAUUAUGAUGAAAAUAUAUUUAGCAACAUUGAGAAUGAAGACACAUCUCUGAUCAUAGAUAAUAUUACAAGACAAAGUAAUCAAAGUUUGUCUGAAGGAGCUAUAACAUCAAACCUGUUCCAAGACACCCAAGACAUUCUGAAUAGAACUAAAAUGAAUAUAACAGAAGAUGGAAGGCCUUCUGAAAUUCAACCAACACAAGGCAACUUAAGUUUCUUCUCUGGAGCAACCUCAACACCAGACGUGUCCCAAACAAAUACAGACAUUCUUAACAGAACCUAUAUGAACUUAACAAAAGAAGAGCAACAUCCUAUUCCCAACACAGAUCAGUCAUCUUAUAAGGAAAAGGUUCAUCACACUGCAGCAACAUCUUCAGAUUAUGACUACUCAAGCUCAGAGGAAACAUUGUUAGAGAAGAAAAAGUCCAUGAGUGCAGGUGUCAGCAGUACCAUGCUUCCUGGAUUGAAGAAUGUUUCAUCUUUGGAAAAUGAUGUUGACACGUCAUUGAAUGAAACACACACCUUGGAUGUCCAGCCAGACAAUCUUUUUAUCAAUGCAUCCAAAUCGUUCUUAGCUCAUGGUAAGGAUGCAGACAACAGCUCUGAGAAGAAACUGGAUUCCAGUGAUGAGGACAAAGAUAUAGUAAUUUACUUAAAAAAUAACAGUAAGGAGGCCAUUAUCAGCAGCGUCUUGGAUCAGGAAAUAGAACACUGGGGCUAUAAAGGACAGCAUGACAUGGUGGCUAUGGAAAUAAGUGACCACAUGGGCAAAUACAUCAAAGGAGAUUCAAAUCUUGUUCUGGAAAAGACAGAAGCGGAAAAGAAGAAGAAGAAAUAUAAAAAAAUUAGGCCACAAAAGGACCAGGCAGUCAAAACUAGGAAAAAAAUGGUAUAUAAGUCACAACCCAGGAGUGAAAUCUCACCGAGGGGCAUCGCGCCUCCAGCCUUCAGCCCCAGAGGGACAAGACCCCUGUAUAGUCAUGAAGAUCUGACUGAAAAAGCCGUGGUUAUAGGUGUACCUAGGAAAGACUUUAAUGACUAUGAUUUAUACACACCAACCUUGACUGACUAUGACCAUAUUAACAUCCUCGCCGAGGAACACAAAGAAGAGGAAUAUGAAUUUGUGAAUUACAAGCAACCUUACAGCCAGACAAAUGUAAUCACGAAAAAUUAUGUCUCACAAGUAUCAGGGGAAAAUGUGAGAGUAUAUUUCAUCGCUGCACAAGAGGUUGAAUGGGAUUAUGAAGGAUACGGGCCAAGGAGACAGGAGAGAUCAAACCUUGAAAACGGGCCUACAAAGCUCACUAAGGUAGUUUUCCAAAGAUAUCUGGACAUCAAUUUCAGCAAAGUUGACACCCGGGGAGAAGUUGAUGAACACCUUGGAAUUCUUGGUCCAGUCAUAAAGGCUGAAGUGGACGAGACCAUCAUGGUUUUUUUCAAAAACCUUGCCAGCAGGCCAUAUUCUUUGCAUGCGCACGGUGUUUCCUACACAAAACAAAUGGAAGGAAUGACAUACGAUGACGAUUCUCCUCAAUGGUAUCAACUUGAUAAUGAGGUUAAACCGCAAGACACUUACAGCUAUGUCUGGACUGUGGGUUCCGGUGCUGGGCCGAAGUCUCAUGAGUCAGACUGUAGAACAUGGGUUUACUAUUCUGCGGUGAACCCCGAAAGAGAUAUCAAUUCAGGCUUGAUCGGCCCGCUGCUAAUCUGCCGGAAAGGAACACUGAGCAAGGAGAUGAAGGACAUGAGGGAAUUCUUUUUACUCUUCAUGACGUUUGAUGAAACUAAGAGUUGGUAUUAUGAAAAAAAUGUGGAGAGAAUCGAAAGGCAAAACAAAAAGGCUGUUUCACCGAGCAAAGACAAACUGAAAUUCCCUGCUAUAAAUGGCAUCAUCUACAGUUUAAAAGGACUCAGGAUGUAUGCAAACCAAUUGGUGAGGUGGCAUGUGUUCAACAUGGGCUCCCCAAAGGACGUACACAGCAUUCAUUUCCACGGACAAACUUUUGUGGAAAAACAGAAGCAGGAUUAUCGGCAAGCUGUUCAUCUACUGCUUCCUGGUAGCUUUGCAACUCUAGAGAUGUUACCUUCAAGACCAGGGCUUUGGUUGCUGGAAUCUGAAGUGGGGGACUCCCAGCAGAAAGGGAUGCAGACACUGUUCCUGGUUGUAGAUAACGACUGUGAACAUCCAUUGGGUCUAGCCUCCAACAGUGUAAAGGACAACCAAAUUACGGCCUCUAAACACACAGGAGAGUGGAAACCGCAUUUGGCACGACUACAUAACACCGGAACACGUAAUGCCUGGAGCACGGAUGAAGGUUCUUCUGACUGGAUCCAGGUGGACUUCCAGAGGCCAGUGGUGAUCAGCAAAGUGGCGACACAAGGAGCAAAGCAUUUCUUAAAAUCUCACUAUGUCUUGAACUACACAAUUUCCUACAGGACCGAUGGGAAAAAUUGGGUCUCAUACAAGACAUUUACAGGGAACGAGGAUUCCCAUGAUGUCAAAGAGAACACUUUCUUCCCUCCUUUAAUUGGUCGGUAUAUCCGGCUCCACCCACACCAUUCCUAUAACAGACCAACGGUACGCAUGGAGUUCUACGGAUGUGAGCUUGAUGGCUGCUCAGUGCCACUGGGAAUGGAAGAUGGGAGGAUUGGCAAUGACCAGAUCACAGCCAGCUCAGCUGCCUCCAGUAGGAUCCAUGGUCCUUGGCAUCCCUGGUUUGGCCGCCUCAAUGCCCAGGGAGCUAUCAAUGCCUGGCAGGCUAAGGACAACGACAUGGAUCAUUGGCUACAGGUGGAAUUAAGAGACAUCAAGAAAAUUACUGGAAUUGUGACUCAGGGAGCAAAAUCUUUGUGGACAGAGAUGUACGUCAUGGCAUAUACAAUACAAUACAGCAAUGAUGGAAAAACUUGGAUAACAUACACAGACGAAGAACAAAUGAGUAACCCAAAGAUAUUCGUGGGAAACACUGAUAACAAUAGUCAUGUUAAAAACUACAUAUACCCUCCAAUAUUUUCAAAAUUUAUAAGAAUUGUCCCUCAAAGGUGGCAAAAUUCUAUAACAAUGAGAGUUGAACUGCUAGGCUGUGAUUUUGAGUGAAGCAACAUAGUUAACUGAAAUACUGCCGUGUAACUUUAACAUACAGAAAAAUUGUUAUAUUUACUAAAACGUGUACACAACUGGAAGUUACAUGCUUCUAUAUCUCAUUUUUUGGUCACGUAAGGCUGUAAUUCAGGAAUGAAUAUGUAAAUAUGUAAGUACAUCAUAAAUAAA